UCCGUUUUGACGUAGUCAAAUGGUCGCUAAAGUCCAAAAUUCGUCGGCCCUAAGUCGAAAUAAUGGAUGAAAACGACGAAAGACUAGAAUUCAUACUAACGUACCUCACGAAAUCCAUCAAACUCAAGCAGGACAAAUGGAACAAACUCCUGCUAACCGAGGACUACAUGAAAAUCGUGAGGAAUUUCCUGCUGAACCCCGAGGAGCCCAUGCUCAUAUUCACGCUCAUCCUCGGGGGAGCGCUCGUUCCCUUUACCCAAAUCACCGCCGACAUCAAGCAGAAAUUCACUUAUUUCGUUCGCGUGAAGGAACAGCCCAUAAAUGUAGCCGCGGAUUUCGCGAAUGUGGUGGUGUUCGGCGAUAUGGCCGCCCGGCCGGUGGAGGAGAUGGCGGUGCUCUUGGAAGGCGUCUUCGUGCCCGUCCUCUCGAACCCCGGCAACCAGCUCGGCUGGCCCAAAGUCGUCGCCAACGACGUCGUAACUCACGUUAGAAAUUUCAAAGCUACAGUCGAUCAGAUUAAAGGGGCGAUGAAGAGCAUCACCAUUCUGCCGAUACCGCCCGGGGCUUCCAGGGUUUUCAUGGCCGUGCAGAAUUUCCAAAUCAGCCGCGGCGAAGAGGUCGAUUUUCAACUAAAAAUAUCCAUCGAGAAUUUCGUGAUGAAGUGGGCCUCAACUAUUACGGAAAUUCUGGGCCAAUCUUCGAACAUCAUUUUCGUCUUCACGAAAUAUCCCAUACCGCAAAACGAAUUGGAUUAUUGGACCGGGAGAAAUAAGAACCUUGAGUCCAUAUACGAUCAAUUGAGGGAUCCGAGAGUGAGGAAAAUGGGGGAAUUUUUGGAGCUGUGCACGAGUUCUUAUACUUCCACUUUUAAAACGCUCUUGAAGAAGGUGGUCUCCGCUUUAGUCGAAGCCAGAGACAUAACGAUGCACCUCCAAGUCUACCUGAAUUUCUCGCAGUUUUUCGAAGGCGACUUCUUCGAGAUGGAAAAGUACAUCAAACCCCUUCUGCACGUCAUCGCCCUGCUUUGGGUCAGCUCGAAGUACUAUUCGACCAACGAGAGAAUCGUGAAUUUGAUCAAGAUAACUACGAAUUCGUUACUGGCGUCCGCAGAAAUCGCCCUGGACCCCGGCAACAUGUUCGGCGGCGACGCCGACCAGGUGCACUUGGUCAUCGGAAAGUGCAUCAAAAUUUUGAACAGGUACAUGGACUGGUUCGAAUACGUGAGGAAUAAUUUGGAAAGUUAUUACAAGGAAGAGGGACAAGUGCGCAAGCCUUGGACGUUCCACAGACGGCAAGUGUUCCAAAGAGUGCUGGACUUCAUCGAUCGCCUGAUGGUCAUCGACAGGGUGGUAUCGAUUCAAAUCGAUUACAGCAAAUUGGACAAGGUCGAAUUGGGCGGCUUGAGGUGUAAAACCUUUUCGACGAGGGUCGUGGAAAUCGCCGAGGAAUUCAUGAUUUUAUACAUGCCGUUUGCGAGCAUUUCGUACGACAUACUGGAUUUGGACGACAUGCGAAUCGUCAACGAAUGCUCGGCGUUCGAAGAAAAAGUCGUGGACAUGGACAGGCGAUUACUUUCCAUUCUCUGCAAUUCGAUCGAAGAUUGCUGUAACUUGGAAUCUCUUUUUAAAUUUAUCUGCGUCGCCGGUGUGAUAUCCAAGCGAACCUUGAUUUACGAGGCCUUGAAACCCAAAAUCGACAUCGUUAUAACCCUAUUCAACGAGGAACUCGUUGUGGUAAAAACCAUAUUUGACGACGCUAAAAAGAACGGCAUACCCAUCGACAAGCACUUUCCGCCGACGGCGGGAAAACUGUUCUACCUAAAGAAGCUUCGCGGCCGCAUCGCCAUUCCGUACAAGAUGCUGAAAGAUUGCGAGGACGAUAUUCAUCAGUGCGAGGACGCCCAGUACAUUUACGUGAAAUGCGAGCAGUGGUUCAAGCUGCUGGACAAGGAACAGGACGCCAUCAUGAAGGCCUGGGUGAAAACCAUUCCGGCCCAAGUCACCAAGGGCAUGUCCAAGUUUCAGUUGCUCAGAGACAGCGAGAAAUUGACUCUGUCGCUUAAUUUCGACGACGAAUUGAGGGCCAUUUUGAGGGAGGUUAGGUACAUGAAGCAAAUAAAAAUAACCGGUAUACCCGAAGAGGCCUUGGCGAUUUUCGAUAAAAUAGAAAUAAUCAACGAUGCGCUCUUCAAAUUCUUCCGAAUAAUUGAAUGGUACAACUUUUUACGCACCAGCACAACCCCAACGGAAUUGGAUUUAAUCACCAAGGAAUUGGUGGAAGUUGAUCUACUGUUAAACUUUGUCAUCAACGUUAAUACUUGGUAUACUCACGACGCCGACCUCGUCAAUAACAUUUACGAGGCGAUAAAGAGCCUAAUAGAUCGCGUGAAAUUGGCGCAGGAGAACGUCAAGCGACUCAUGUCGAACGUGAAGGAAUGGUCCGAAUUUCCUUUGUUCGAAAGAAAAGACGGCAAAAAGGAGAUGUUGCUUUCUCUGGACGACUUGCACGAAAGGGUCAACAGGCGGUACAACAAGAUCGAAGCAUCGUCGCGUAUGCUUGACGAAGUUAUCCAAGAGAAUUACAUACUCUUCUUUAAAAUCGUACCCGAAGAGGAGGAAUUCGAAGAAGGCGAAGAGUUCGAAGGCGGCGAAGGCGGCGAGGGCGAAGGCGAGGGCGAAGACGAAGAAGGCGAAGGCAUCGAUGAAGAGGAAGAGGGAGAAGAAGGUGAAAUGAUGGAGAGACGUAAACCGGUUCCGAAACCGCCUCCGCCUCCGCCCGAACCGGAACCGGAAGUCGCUGACAAGAAGAAGAAAAAGAAAAAAGGCAAAGAAGGAAAAGGCAAAGGAAAAGACAAGGAUAAGAAAAAGAAGAAAAAAGUGAAGAAAACCGAUUCGGAAAUCGCGCGAGAACAAGAGGAAACCGCUAGAUUAGAAGAAGAAGCUAAGAAAGCGGACCUAGAUAGAGUUUUGUGGUUGGCGUACUUGAAAGAAAUUGACGAACUCCUAGAGGACCAAAUCGUUGGAUGUGUGAAUAGGAGCGUUAGUUACUUCACUCAAGAAACUGGCGAUGCGGAACCCGUCACGCCUCUCCUCGAAUUAAUCAUGGAACUGCACGACGUCCAUAUCAUAUUCCAACCAUCGGUGAACGUUGAAGAUACCGAUAAUUUUAUGGUAAGAUUAGAAGGCUUGGUGGAGCGAAUAUACGAGAUGGCGCUGUAUUUGAAACGAGCGGAUCCCGAGCAAGAGGAAGAGAAUUUCUUUCGUUUGGUCAACGAUAAGAUUGAAAUUCAAACCAAAGUGGACGACUUUAUGGACAGAGUCAUAUCCGGCAUGAAGGGCGCCGAAGAAUUCAUCAAGGAAUUCGAAGAAUACAUUGUUUUGUGGACCACCGAUCGAGCGAAAUAUCUGGCGCAAUUUUUGCUCUACGGCAGGCAAUUGACCCCCCAAGAAGAGGAAGCGCUGCAGGACGAGACGAGGCCUCACGUAAAGGAAACCCCGCCGAUACUCGAGCAAUUCCAAGAGAAAAUUGCCUAUUACGAUGAGCUAUACAAGAAGGUGGAAGCCACGCCCGAGGAAAAAAUCAUCAACGGCUGGUUGAAGCUGGACGUCCGCCCGUUGCGCCAGAUCGUUUUGAACUACGUGUGCAAAUGGGGAUUCCUCUUCAAGAACCAUUUGUACAACAAAGUUAUCAACAACCUCGAUGAGCUGGACAACUUCAUAACCGACAAUAUCAAAAAAAUGCAGACUCCUCUGACUGAAGAAGAUUACGAUGCACUGCUGAUGGUCAUGCAGUGUCUCUUCGCAAUCAGAGAUAGAACAAUCCAAACUGACGCCAUGUUCGAGCCAAUCAGAAUCAUUAUGGAAACUUUAGCAACAUAUGGAAUGACGUUCCCCGAAGAAGUUGUUCUUCAAUUUAUGGAGAUGCCGGAUAGAUGGGCGCAUUGUAAAAAGUUUGCGGCCGCUACCAAGCAACUAAUCGCUCCCCUACAAGCCAUCCAAAUGAUCUCCAUAAAACGCAGGCUACAAAUCUUCGACAUUCGCCAAGCCGUGUUCAGGGAGUACUUUAAGAAACUGCCGUUCUUCCUCUUCACCUUUCAAACGCCCUACGACCUGCUGGACAAGGUGAACAGGCAGGUGGUAUUCUUGGAGGAAGAGGUGGCGCUGCUGAAGGAGCAAAGCGAUCUGUUCGAAUUGCAAUUCCCCGACUACAAGGGCCUGAGGAAGUGCCGGCGGGAGAUCCGUUUGAUCAAGCAAACGUGGGAUUGCGCCAUUAUCGUGACGUCGUCGAUAGACGAGUGGCGAGACACGCCGUGGAAGAAACUCGACGUGGAAAGCAUGGAAAUGGAAUGCAAGAAAUUCGCGAAGGAGAUCCGUAUUAUGGACAGACGCGUGAAGGCAUGGAAUUUGUUUAUACAGUUAGAGGCUACCGUCAGGAAUAUGUUGACUUCUCUCAGAGCGGUGACGGAGUUGCAGAAUCCCGCGAUAAGAGAACGUCAUUGGUUGCAAUUGAUGCAGACCACAAAGGUGAGAUUCGUAAUGACCGACGACACUACAUUGGCAGAUCUUCUAUCGUUGAAUCUGCACCGUUACGAAGAGGAGGUGAAAGCCAUAGUCGAUAAAGCGGUGAAGGAGAUGGCCAUGGAGAAAGUGAUAAAAGAAUUGUAUAACGUUUGGACAGUUCUGGAAUUUUUGACAGACACGCACGAGAGGACAAAAUUGAAGUUACUGAUGCUGUCCGAAGAGACUGUAGAAAUGCUCGAAGAGCAUCAGGUGGCUUUGCAAAACAUGAUGUCUUCGAAAUACAUAGACUUUUUCAUAACCGAAGUGACCGAAUGGCAAACGAAAUUGUCGAUGACCGAUCAAGUGCUGAACGUCUAUCUGGAGGUGCAGAGGAAAUGGAUGUAUUUGGAAAGCAUCUUCAUCGGUUCCGAAGAUAUCAGAAAUCAAUUGCCGGAAGAUUCCAAACGAUUCGAAAGAAUAGACAGGGAAUUUAAGGAGAUUUUAAGAGAUAUGUCGGCGAACUUGAACAUUGUCAGGGCCACGAAUAAAUUCGGAUUAAGCGAAAAAUUGGAGGAGCUCCUAAAAGACCUAAUUCUAUGCGAGAAAGCUCUAAACGAUUACUUGGACAUGAAACGCUUAGCCUUCCCGAGGUUCUAUUUCGUCUCAUCGGCCGAUUUGUUGGACAUUUUGUCCAACGGCAACUCACCGGAACUCAUUCAACGCCAUCUAAUCAAAUUAUUCGAUUCCUUGGCGAAAUUAAAAUUCACCAUUGAACAAGGCAAAGCCACCAAGAAGGCCAGGGCCAUGCAAUCCAAGGAGGAGGAAAUUGUACCAUUUGCCCAUAUCUGCGAUUGUUCAGGAAAAGUAGAAAUGUGGCUCGGCCGUGUCAUCGACAUAAUGAGACUCACGCUGCAUGAUAGUUUCUACGCGGCUGUAAUAUCCUACGACGAAAAACCCCGAGAACUUUGGAUCAAUGAUUAUCCAGCUCAACCCGCCUUGUGCGGAACCCAAAUUUGGUGGACGACCGAAGUCAACAUGACAUUCGCCAAACUGGAAGAGGGCUACGAGAACGCUCUGAAGGACUACCAGCGAAAGCAGAUAAACCAAUUGAACGCGUUGAUUGUUCUUCUGUUGGGCGAUCUGACCGAGCUGGAGCGCCAGAAAAUCAUGACGAUUUGUACCAUAGACGUGCACGCCCGAGACGUGGUCGCCAAGAUGAUCGUGUUGAAAGUGGAUUCGUCAGCUGCGUUUCAAUGGCAGAGUCAACUCAGGCACAGAUGGGACGACAAAAAGGACGAUUGCUACGCCAAUAUUUGCGAUGCGGAGUUUCGCUAUACUUACGAGUAUUUGGGCAACACUCCUAGAUUGGUGAUCACACCUCUAACCGAUAGGUGCUACAUUACCUUGACGCAAAGUCUACAUUUAGUGAUGGGAGGCGCUCCCGCCGGUCCUGCGGGAACUGGAAAAACCGAAACCACCAAAGAUCUGGGUAAAGCUUUGGGUAUGAUGGUGUACGUAUUCAAUUGCUCGGAGCAGAUGGAUUAUAGAUCAAUGGGAAGCAUAUACAAGGGUUUGGCGCAGACUGGUUGCUGGGGUUGCUUCGACGAGUUCAACAGGAUAUCUGUUGAAGUACUGUCGGUAGUAGCUGUGCAAGUGAAAACGUUACAGGACGCCAUAAAGAAUCACAAAUCCAUGUUCGAUUUCUCAGGGGAAUAUAUAAAGAUGAUACCUACGGUCGGUUUGUUCAUAACUAUGAAUCCGGGUUACGCGGGUCGAACGGAGCUACCGGAAAAUUUGAAAUCGCUGUUUCGACCGUGCGCUAUGGUCGUACCGGAUUUCGCUUUGAUUUGCGAAAUUAUGUUGGUCGCGGAAGGUUUCAUGGAGGCCAGACUGUUGGCGAGAAAAUUCAUCACCCUUUAUACGCUGUGUAAAGAAUUGUUGAGUAAGCAGGACCACUACGAUUGGGGUUUGCGAGCCAUCAAAUCUGUGCUGGUGGUGGCUGGUUCGCUGAAAAGAAGCGACAGACAAAGGCCUGAAGAUCAAGUACUGAUGAGAGCUCUGAGAGAUUUUAACAUUCCUAAAAUUGUUACUGAUGAUGUAGCAGUAUUCAUGGGUCUCAUAGGAGAUCUAUUUCCCGCAUUGGACGUACCUCGAAAACGAAAUUUGGACUUUGAGAAAAUGUGCAAGAAAACAGCUGUCGAUUUAAAAUUGCAACCGGAGGAAUCGUUCAUAUUGAAAGUGGUGCAAUUGGAAGAAUUACUAGCUGUCAGACAUUCUGUAUUUAUUAUUGGAAAUGAAGGCACUGGUAAAACUAUGGUGUGGAAAACUUUGCAUAAAACCUACGCUAACUUGAAAAUGAAACCCAUGUAUAACGAUUUGAAUCCUAAAGCCGUUACCAAUGAUGAAUUAUUCGGCAUAAUUAAUCCAGCUACAAGAGAGUGGAAAGACGGUUUGGUCUCCGUGAUACUGAGAGAUCAAGCUAACUUGCCAGGACCAGGCCCUAAAUGGAUUAUAUUUGAUGGUGAUAUCGAUCCAAUGUGGAUAGAAACAAUGAACACGGUAAUGGACGAUAAUAAAGUACUAACUUUGGCCAGUAACGAGCGCAUUGCGUUGACCAAAGGCAUGAGACUUCUAUUCGAAAUAGCGAAUUUACGAACCGCCACCCCUGCUACUGUAUCAAGAGCUGGAAUUUUGUACGUAAACCCGGCGGAUGUGGGUUGGAAUCCUUACGUGACAUCUUGGAUUGAUACCAGACCGAAUCCGAACGAGAAAGCCAUACUAACGAUUUUAUUCGACAAAUACAUACCGCCCGUGUUGGAGAUGAUCCGUUCGAAAUUCAAGAAAAUAACGCCGAUAUGCGACGUGGCCCAUCUCAGCAUGCUGGUGGUGUUGUUGGAUUGCUUCUUGACCCACGAAAACGUCCCGGCCGAGUGUCCCAAGGAAUGGUACGAAAUAUAUUUCGCUUUCUCCAUCGUAUGGGCCUUCGGUUCGGCUCUAUUCCAAGAUCAAAUCACCGAUUGGAGGAGCGAAUUCAGCAAAUGGUUCCUGAACGAGUUCAAAAGCGUCAAGUUUCCAGCUGGAGGUAACGUUUUUAAUUACUACAUACAUCCGGAAUCGAAGAAAUUCCUACCCUGGACCGAUUUGAUAAAGGAAUUCGAAUUGGAUGCGGAUAUACCUCUGCAAGCGACGUUAGUAAAUACCAGCGAAACCACUCGAAUCAGGUUCUUUUUGGAUAACUUGAUGGCCAAGCGAACGCCUGUUAUGCUAGUAGGUCCUGCGGGAAGUGGUAAAACGGUGUGCGUGCAGGAAAAACUGGAUAACAUGUCGGAAGAGUACGCUGUAACAAACGUACCAUUUAAUUUCUAUACCACUUCGGAGUUGCUUCAAAACGUUUUGGAGCUUCCGUUGGAGAAGAAAGCCGGCAGAGUGUACGCUCCCCCGGCGAAUAAAAUUAUGGUUUACUUCGUGGACGAUAUGAAUAUGCCGGAAGUAGACAAAUACUUUACCGUUCAACCGCACACUCUACUAAGGCAAUACAUGGACUACCAGCAUUGGUACGAUAGGGUGAGGUUCUCGCUGAAAGACAUCCACAACAUCCAAUUCGUGUCUUGCAUGAAUCCCACGGCGGGUUCGUUCACAAUCGAUCCCAGACUGCAAAGGCACUUUUGCGUGUUCUCCGUUGGUUUUCCUUCGGAGGAAGCCUGCUUGCACAUUUACAAUUCGAUAUACGGCCAGCACGUUGCUAAUCCUACGAAGAAGUUCAUACCCGGUCUGGAGAAAACCGCCGGCGAUGUGGUUUACGGAUCGCUUUUGUUACAUUUAAAAACCAGCGCUAUGUUCUUACCGACUGCGAUAAGGUUCCACUAUAUAUUCACGUUAAGAGAUCUGUCGAAUAUUUUCCAAGGAAUGCUAUUCGCGAACGGGGAUGCGACCAAAACACCAAGCGACAUGAUACGAUUGUGGCUGCACGAGUCCAGCAGAGUGUACAAAGACAAACUAAUCGAUCGCAAGGAUCAAACGAAUUGGUUCAAAAUGGCCGAGGAAUUGAUAAAGAAAACCUUCGAAAGCGCCGACGAGAAUAUAGUGUUCGCGGAACCGUUGAUUUUUACUCAUUUCUCCGAAGGCAUCGGGGAUCCGAAAUACAUGCCCAUUCACGAUUUCAAUCAAUUGAGCAGGAUUCUGAACGAAGCCUUGUCCGCUUACAACGAUCUCGUCGGCACCAUGAAUUUGGUGCUCUUCGAGGACGCCAUGUACCACAUAUGCCGCAUCAACAGAAUCAUGGAAUCGCCGAGAGGCAAUGCUUUGCUCGUAGGCGUCGGUGGUUCCGGAAAACAAUCUCUAACUCGAUUAGCCGCGUUCAUUUCGUCGUUCGAAGUGUUUCAAAUUCAACUGAAGAGAGGCUACUCCAUGACGGAUAUGAAAGCCGAUAUAGCGGCUAUAUAUUUGAAAGUUGGAUUGAAAAGCGUAGGCGUGACGUUUUUGAUGACCGACGCUCAAGUGCCCGAAGAGUCGUAUCUAGUUAUAAUUAACGAUGUACUAGCUUCGGGAGAAGUAAAUGGUCUUCUACCCGACGAUGUAGUGGAGAACAUAAUAAAUACAGUCAAAGGCGAAGUUAAAGGAUUGGGUAUGCAAGACACUAAGGAGAAUUGCUGGAAGUUCUUCAUUGAUCGAGUGAGGAGGUUGCUGAAAGUGGUGUUAUCUUUUUCGCCCGUCGGAUCGACUUUACGAGUCAGAGCUAGAAAGUUUCCUGCAUUGGUUAAUAGCACUUCGAUCGAUUGGUUCCAGGAAUGGCCGCAAGAAGCCCUGAGAUCCGUCUCUUUUAGAUUCUUAAACGAAAUUGAAGUUUUGCCUAAACCGCUAGUAGAAAGAGUAUCGAUUUUUAUGUCCUACGUACACGGAGUAGUAAAUGACAUGUCUCAACAAUAUUAUCUAAAUGAAAAAAGGUACAAUUACACCACUCCAAAAUCCUUUUUGGAACAAAUCGACUUGUACAAAAAAUUAUUAACCGAAAAAACGUUGGGCUUAGUGGACAACAUUUAUCGUUUAGAAAACGGUAUAACGAAAUUAAUAUCGACCGGUGAAGAGGUAGACGGGCUUAAGGAAGUGUUGGCUGUACAGGAGGUGGAACUAACCGCCAAAAACGAAGCAGCUGGUAAGCUGAUUGCCGUGGUAUCCGCCGAAAACGAAAAGGUGGGAGCCGAACAAGCCUUUGCCAGCGAAGAAGAAGCCAAAGUAAGAGUAAUCGAAGAGGACGUCUCAGCGAAGGCGAAACUCUGCGAAGAAGAUUUGGCCAGGGCCGAGCCGGCUUUGAUAGCUGCCCAGGAAGCGUUAAAUACACUGAAUAAGAACAAUCUUACGGAAUUGAAGUCUUUUGGUUCACCGCCCGCGAUCGUAAGAGAAGUAUGCGCCGCGGUACUGGUGCUGUUUUCUAAAAAAGGCAAGAUUCCCAAGGAACGAGGCUGGAAAGAAUGCAAACAAAUGAUGAACAAAGUCGACGAGUUUUUGAACAAUUUACUCUACUACGAUAAGGACAACAUGUCCUCGGACGUGGUUAAAGUGGUGAUGGAAUAUACGAAGAACCCGGAAUUCGAGCCCGACAAAGUGGCUACCAAGUCGCUGGCCGCCGCCGGUUUGGCAUCUUGGGUCAUCAACAUCUUAAAGUACUACGACGUGUUCCAGAUAGUAGGGCCCAAACGAAGAGCCUUGGCUCAAGCUCAGAAAGAUCUCAAUGCGGCCAGGCAAAAAUUGGCCGAGCUGAACGAGAAACUGGGCCUAUUGGAAGAGCAACUGGACCUGUUGAGGGCCGAAUACGACGACGCCAUUAACGAAAAAUUGAAGUGUCAGGCCGAAGCCGAUGCUACAAACAUGAAAAUCGACAUUGCCAACCGGCUCGUGGGCGGUUUAGCUUCGGAGAAGGUCCGCUGGGGCCAGUUGAUCGAAAGCUACAAAGAAAACAUCGUGAAUCUACCCGGUGAUAUUUUGCUAAUUACCGCUUUUAUAUCGUACGUGGGUUGCUUUACCAAAAACUACCGCACUGAUAUGUUGAAUAAAUAUUGGCUCCCGUUUAUGACGAAUUUAGACGAUCCCAUACCAAAAACCGAGGAUCUGGACCCGCUUACUCUUUUAACGGACGACGCGCAAAUCGCAAUGUGGAAUAACGAAGGAUUACCUACAGAUCGAAUGUCCGCCGAAAACGCUUGCAUUUUGACCAACUCGGCCAGGUGGCCAUUGAUGAUCGAUCCCCAGUUUCAAGGUAUUAAAUGGAUCAAAUCCAAAUACGGCGAUGCAUUGACCUCGGUACGACCGACCGCCAGAGGUUACAUCGAAAAAAUGGAAAAAUGCAUAUCCAAAGGAGAAAUUUGCCUGCUGGAGAACAUCGGCGAAAGCGUGGAAUCGGUAUUAGACAACAUACUCGGCCGGGUGUUGAUCAAAAGAGGAACGGUGGUGAAAAUCGGCGAUAAAGAAGUCGAUUGGGAUCCGAAAUUCCGGCUGAUACUUCAUACCAAAUUGGCCAAUCCGCAUUACAAGCCGGAGAUUCAGGCCCAGGCGACGCUCAUCAACUUCACAGUGACACGCGACGGUUUGGAAGAGCAACUUCUAUCCGAAGUGGUGAAGGCCGAGAGGCCCGAUUUGGACACGCUGAAAUCCGAGUUAACCAAGCAACAGAACGAUUUCAAAAUCAUCCUGAAAAGCUGCGAGGAUAAUUUGUUGUAUCGACUAUCAUCCGCUACCGGCAACAUUUUGGAGGACGUCGAAUUAGUGACGAAUUUAGAAACGACGAAAAAAACGGCCACCGAAAUCGGAAUAAAAAUGGAAGAAGCCAAAAUUACAUCGGUAAAAAUCGACGAAGCCAGAGAAUCGUAUCGACCUUGCGCGACCAGAGCCUCUCUACUCUAUUUUAUCCUGUCAGAUUUAAUACGGAUCAACGCCAUUUACCAAUUCUCUCUAAAAGCGUUUCGCGUUGUCUUCGUAAAGGCUCUGAUGAUGGCCGAGCCGACCGAAACGUUGGAAGAACGAGUCGUUUCUUUGCUGGACAGCAUCACCUUCUCCGUGUUCAUGUACACGUCCAGAGGCCUAUUCGAAAGGGACAAGUUGACCUACACGGCCCAAAUGGUGUUCCAAAUAUUACUCUACGCCGGCGAAAUAGAUCCGAAGGAACUCGAUUUCCUACUGAGGUUCCCGGCGCAGAGCGGCUUGGUCUCGCCCGUCGAUUUCCUUUCGAACAUCGCCUGGGGCGGCAUCAAAGCUCUCACCGAUAUCACCGAAUUCGCCAAACUGGACAAAGACAUCGUAGGCUCGAUGAAACGUUGGCAGAAAUUCGUCGACAGCGAAGCGCCCGAAAAAGAAAAGUUCCCCGGCGAGUGGAAGGGCAAGAACCUGAUGCAGAAGUUGUGCAUCAUGCGCUGUCUGCGACCCGACCGCAUGACCUACGCCGUGACCACUUUCAUCGAGCAGUACGUCGGCAAUAAGUACGUCUCGGCCAGGGGCAUCGAAUUCGCCAAGUCCUACGAGGAAACCAGCGCCACGACGCCGGUGUUCUUCAUUCUGUCGGCCGGCGUGGACCCGUUGAAGGACGUCGAGGCCCUGGGGAAGAAGCUCGGCUUUACGUUCGACAACAAGAACUUGCACAGCAUUUCUUUGGGCCAAGGUCAGGAAAUCGUCGCCGAGAACGCCAUGGACGUGGCCGCGCGCUACGGACAUUGGGUCAUCCUGCAGAACAUUCAUUUGGUGACCAAAUGGCUGCCUUCGUUGGAGAAGAAGAUGGAGGUGUGCUUUGAGACCGGAGCCGAAGCUUACCGGUUGUUCCUUAGCGCUGAACCUUCCGGUGAUCCUACCGUUUGCGUCAUUCCUCAAGGGAUCUUGGAAGCUUCCAUUAAGAUCACGAACGAGCCCCCUACAGGGAUGUUCGCCAAUCUGCACUCUGCGCUGUACAAUUUCAACCAGGAAACAUUGGAAAUGUGCAGCAAGGAAUCCGAAUUUAAAGCCAUAUUGUUCGCUUUGUGCUAUUUCCACGCUGUAGUGGCAGAGAGGAGAAAAUUCGGACCUCCCGGUUGGAACAGAAAUUACCCUUUCAACAUUGGUGAUCUGACAAUAAGCGUGGCUGUAUUGUUUAAUUAUUUGGAAAAUAACGCUAAGGUGCCUUGGGAGAAUUUGCGCUACAUCUUCGGAGAAAUAAUGUACGGCGGUCACAUCACCGACGAUUGGGAUCGCAGAUUAUGCAGGAGUUACCUGAUGGUGUUUAUGCAACCCGAGCUACUGGACGGAGAAGUGUUUUACUGCGAGGGUUUCCCUUGUCCGCCCAAUUUGGAUUACGCUGGUUAUCAUAAAUACAUCGAUGAAAGAUUGCCUACUGAGAGUCCGUAUUUGUACGGGUUGCAUCCUAACGCCGAAAUUGGAUUUCUGGCAACCAUGGCUGAAAGUAUGUUCCGGACGAUCUUCGAAAUGCAGCCCAGGGACGCUGGAGGCGGCGGUGGAAUAGGAAUCUCCAGAGAAGAUAAGAUUAAAUACACAUUAGAAGACAUCCAAGAUAGAUUACCAGACAGAUUCCCCGUUCAAGAAUUGAUGGCCAAAUGCCAGGAUAAAAAUCCAUACAUUAUCGUUGCUUUCCAAGAAUGCGACAGAAUGAAUUCUUUGACGUCGGAAAUGAAACGCUCACUUCACGAAUUAGAAUUAGGGUUGAAGGGCGAGUUGACGAUCACGCCUUCCAUGGAGGAAUUGGAAGAGGCACUCUUCUUGGACCAGGUGCCCGUCAGCUGGUCGGCCAAAGCGUAUCCCAGCCUUUUACCGUUGGGCCAAUGGGCCAGCGACUUGGUACUUCGAAUACAGGAGCUCUCGCUGUGGCUGAACGAGUUUACCAUGCCGCCCACCGUGUGGUUGGGCGGAUUUUUCAACCCCCAAUCGUUCUUGACGGCCAUCAUGCAGCAAACGUCGAGAAAGAACGAAUGGCCUUUGGACAGAAUGUGCCUUACCACGGACGUUACUAAGAAGAUGAAAGAUGAAUUUACCGCUCCUCCUAGGGAAGGUGCCUAUGUUAGUGGGCUUUUUAUGGAAGGAGCUCGGUGGGAUACCAACUUGAACAGCAUAUGCGAUUCUAGAUUGAAGGAUCUGUUUCCUGUUGUGCCUGUAAUAUUCAUCAAAGCUAUAACGCAGGAUAAACAGGAUUUGAGGAACAUGUACGACUGUCCCGUUUACAAAACGAGAAUGAGAGGGCCGACGUUCGUUUGGACUUUUAACUUGAGAACCAGAGAGAACCCGCUGAAGUGGGUAUUGGCUGGUGUGGCCAUUUUAUUGCAAAUCUGAAGCGCGAAUUUUGCGUAUUUUUUAAGUUGUGUCUAUAUAAUAAAGUUUUAAUUGUGUUAAAA